UUUACGGGGAGACCGACCUUCCCCUCUACACCCUGUCCCUUUCAUUCGACCUCCGCAAACAAACGACGACAAGACCCCCCUUACUUCUCCUCGAAACACCGGCUGCUUUGUCGGAACCUUCCUUUGCUGGGAGGGGAAGUUUAAGUGUGCGAUCUGGUCCCCGUCUAUCGGCCAUCGAUAUCCCCUGACCCUGUCCGCCCGAUAACCACGAUAGUCGGAACCGAAGAACAAAACCAAAUAAAUUCCGAAAAAAAUUUGAGAAAGAGAGAUUUACGUGAUUAACGCGUCAUAUCGGUCGGAGCGUGAAUUUCAAUCCUCUGGUAGGCACUUGGAAUGGUUUGCGCCGGCUGAGAAGUCGAAUUUGGAGACAGACAAUGGCUACGUCGAGUCAAUUUCACGGGGGGAACAACAGUCGGCCGUCGAGCAAAGAUGGACCCAAGAAGAAUAUCUGGUCGUCGAUGCUGGACAGCGUCGCGAAUGGAAAGCGCUUGCCUGAGAAGAACCUCCUGAUUCUCGGAGGUACGCCGGAGAGCCAGAGAGAAUUUCUAGAGACCUUUGCGGCCGAUACGUCGGAUCCCAGCCCGUCAAACGAGAAACGGAAGGGAAAAGUCCCACCUGUCGCCAACCAGUUCGCGUUGGGAUACACAUACCAGGAUGUACUGGACGCUGACCAGGAAGAUACGUUGGCACGCGUGUCUGCAUAUCUGCUUUCCGAACCUUCGCUGUCCUUCGCGCCCCUCCUUAAACCUCUCCUGACUCCCAACUCGGUCCCGGAAACACUGGUAGUGGUACUUCUCGAUUGGUCGGAACCAUGGACUUGGAUCCGGCAGCUGAGGGAAUGGGUUCGUCUCCUCCGACACGUGCUCAUUUCUCUCGACGACGAGACAAAGAUCGUGAUGGAGGAAACCAUGGCGGAAUGGAGAGACCGAAAAAGGGGGAUGGACGCCAACUCGGCGGGAACGCAGGGUCUGACCAGCUCUGGUGGGCCGGUGACGAUACCCUUAGGUCCAGGCGAAUGGGACGAGGGACUAGGGAUCCCCAUGUGUGUGGUUUGCCAGGGGGCGGAUAAGAUCGAAAAACUGGAAAAAGACCACGGCUGGCACGAGGAAGAGUUUGACUUUAUCCUUCAGUUCCUGCGAACCAUUCUUCUCAAACAUGGCGCGUCUCUUAUCUACACGACACCAUUCCUUGCCAACUCCCUUCAGAGUCUCCUCCAUUCGUCCCUUGGGAUACACUCGCUCCUGAAGAGACAAUCACUCAAACACAAUGUGAUCGACCGGGAUAAGAUCCUGGUGCCAUCGAACUGGGACUCAUGGGGAAAGAUCCGGAUCAUCCGAGAUGGAUUCGACAUGGAGGGAGUAUCCACCGCAUGGUCGAUCGAGAUCCAGGAACCGCCGGAGCCACUAACCCACGGACCAGUCGAGGAGGAGGAGCCCAAGGACGACACAUCCGCUGCAAUGGAGGACGGGACCAGCGCCGUGGCCAUCUUCGAGCACACGAUCAACGAUCCCAAGCGCGACACGUCCCUGGCGCUCGCCAACCAACAAAGCAAGAAGAAGAUCGAGGUCGAGACCACUGACAUGCAGACCUUCUUCGGCAAGCAACAAGAACUCCUCGAGCAACUCAAGAUCGAGGACGAGAAGGACCGCGCCGUCAACAAAAUGCCUCCGCAGCUGGAGAUGUCACCGCUGGAGGACAACGGCCGUGUCAACGAGCACAUCGGCCCCGUGCAGUUCAACAUGGGUGGAAUCCAGGUCGACGCCGAUGAUAUGUUACGAAAACUCAAGGAGAGAGAAGCCAGUCGCACUCAAGGCCAAAGGAAGGAAACAGUUUCAUCGCCCCCAGCUCCCGGUAACGAAAAAGCUCACAACCAAGCCCUGGCCAACUUCUUCGCCGGCCUGGUCAAGAAACCAUCCCAAAGUCCGCGAGGUAGUCCAUCGGCGUAGUAGGAGUCCAGGAGCGAUGGUGAGGAGGAUAAGUGUGGAGUGUGCAUGUGUGUGUGGUGUGGACUUCUUUUUAUCCAACUUUCAUUUCAAUUUUUUUCUUUUCUUUUUGGAUUGUAACUUUACGUUUUAUUUUUUAUGCCCCUACCUUGCGCACAGUACAUAUUUGAAAUACUGGCUUGGCGAGACGCUCUUUUUGUUUUUGAUACCAGAAUGGAUUUUAGGCUGGAGCAGGAGUCGAGAAAAGAGGGAUAGCAUAUUUGAAUCGAAUCGAUUUCUU